AUGGGAGAGCAGCCGGCAGGUCAGCGGCCGGUGUCAGGAGUCAAUUACCUCUACCUGCUUGGCUGCCCCCCGUCGACACCUGAACCGUGGACAGUCCGUAUGGGUGCAUAAUUACCAUCGAGGUUGGCUAAUCGGCACGUGUGCCGCGGUUGACGGCAGUGGUCCGUUGUUUUUUUUUUCUCCUUCUUCCGAUCCGAUCAUCGUGUGAACUGUCACUCAAUAUCUGCAGUCAUGCCUCGCUGCGCUUUUCCCUUUCACGCACUUUUUUCGGGAAUAUCCGAUUAGAAAGAGCAAACAAAAACACACACACACAAAGGGUUUCUGUGUCACGUCCUCCACAAAAGGAACAUUUGACUUGAUAGCAAGUCUGUUUGCUCAAAAGUUUACGUGAAGAUAGGACAGCCAAAUCGAUUCAAACUCAAAGCAAUCGUCUUCCAAAAAAAAGAAUUUUUUGAAAAAAACUUCAGUUGCAAUCGAUAGGAAAGUUGAGUUGACGUGAAGACAUUGCGUAACAUGAGCAACAUUGCGCAAAAAACAUUUUUUGGAAAAAGCUUCAGUUGCAAUCGAUAGGAAAGUUAGGUUGACGUGAAGACAUUGCGUAACAUGAGCAACAUUGCGCAACACUCCCAGAACUCUUCAAUGUUUGCAGUGGCGCCGUGCCAAUCAUACCUCGUACUUUUGACACGAACGCGCCUGGAUGUCAAGGCUGCGGUCGAGGGGCGAAGACGUCGAUCGGAUCGUCUGAUCGACAUCUUUAUGUCUUCUUUGUGUUGACGGACGCCUCGAAACGAUCCGCUUCAAACCAAGGAAAGAAGAAUGAAGCGAGUGUCUGCUGA